AUGGCCUUUACCGCUACUAGUUUUCCCCAUGUUCCCCGGAUGUGGCUGGCGCUAUCGCUGCUGCUCCAACUGUCGAUCUUCACGCACCUCAUCCGAGCCCAAGACCCCCAAGACCCGAUUACGACUCCGGCUCCGACUGUCUCCGUCUUCCUACCCCCCUAUCACGAAGCCCAAUGGUCACAUUUGGAAGGGAGUAUAGUCUCCAGCGACAAUGACGAGACCUUAUACACCAUCUUCUGCAAGCCAUCAACAUCGAACGCCUGCCACAUCGGGACCGGAAGUUUCAGCGAAUUUACUUUCUACGAAGGACCUUCGACCUUGCAUUACAACUACGUCGUCGGGUCUACAAUCUCCCUCACCCUAACCUGUGCCUUAACCGGCACAACAGCCGCGUCCUGCCAAGCAUCGACCUCGAUCGCGCCUUCGGUCACGUUUGGCCCGUUCUUGACCGGUCCUCUGGAGACUAGCGAGACAUUUUCUUUCACCGGCACUGAUGUUGAGUGGGGCGCGCUCACCCUCGGUGAACCGCCUCUAACUAGUACUGGCGGUUCCCACGUCUUUACUUAUUACCCCUCUGAAACCGGUGCGCCGUCGGAUCCAUCGGUCACGGUAAGUGCGAGUGCGAGUGAGACUGCUAGUGCGAGUGGUAGUGCUAGUGCGAGUGGUAGUGCUAGUACUACGUCCUCGUCGGUGGCGCCUAAUUCUACGAAUGCUGCUGGGAGUUUGGUUAGGAGAGCAUGGAGUUUAGGCGAGGGUAGAAGUGUGAGUAGCGCGCUUGUUGCGAGCGUUUUGUUGGUCGUCUUGGUUUCGAUCAUGUUGUAA